AGGUGGCCCCAGCAGCACCAGAGAUCGCCGGCGGCGAUGGCGCAGACGCAGAGGGACAAAUCCGCCGUCUCGGUCGCGUCCUCCUCGUCGGCGUCCCUCCCCUCCUCCGCGCCUCCCGCUCCGCCCUCGGGGGAGCGGUGGGGCUCCGCCAUCGGGAACCUGGGCGAGCUGGGCGCAAACGUCGAGUCGCUGCAGAAGCUGCUCGCGCGGAAGGCCGUCUUCGUCGACGACGACGUCUUCUCCAAGGCCUCCCUCGCCGCCGACCAGGCCCGCUCCAUCAAGGUUCUUGACCAGAGGGUGCAGUCUCUGGAACGUGAACUGGACGCCGCGAUUUCUGCAGCUGCUCGAGCCCGUACAGAGAAACGCCAGGCUGAAGCCGCUCAACGGGCUGCAGAGCAGCGUGCGCAGGAUGUAACAAAAGAGCUGGAGAACACCUCAAGAGUGUUCCAGCUGCACAUGGAAGAGCUGAGGACAAAACAACAGGAGAUCGCUAAGAGAGAUAGUGAUAUCAAGGUGUUGGAAGCAAUAAUACAAACCCUGAGUAGCAAAGAUGAUGGUGGAUCCAGCGAGUAAUAGCCAUACGCAGGGAGCAUAGGGAUUUCUCAAUGACGCUUUCAUGCUGAAGCAUCUCCCCACGUAUUUAUCAAGUCCAUGUAAGCUCUUUAAUACCCAGAAGAUUGUAUAUUGUUUCUACAAGAUUGAACACUCAAACAGCCUUAAAAUGAAAGUUUGCAAUGA